AUGUCCGAAGUCCGACAGAGACCAGUACAACAACCAUCGUCAGCAUCCAAGGAACAGGAGCAAGAUCGAGAUCGAGAUCGCGAGCACAACAAGAUCGACAGCGAAGAAGAAGAAAAACAAAAACCGAAAAAGCAGCACAGCAGAACGAAACGCUACUACGAUGAAGACGAUGCCCGCAUCAGCCUCCUGGAUAUCGUCCGCGUCGUGGUCACGCUGGUGCUCGCCUUUUGCGGCAUGUCAUACUACAUGACUUCGAGGGAGUCGUUUCUGUGGGGGUACCGGCCGUGGUUUACGCGGUGGCCGCUUGUGGUGCAGUAUUUCCGCGGCCCCAUCAACCUCACGCCGGAACAACUCGCCCUCUACAACGGCACCGACCCGUCCCUCCCCAUUUACCUCGCCAUCAACGGCACCAUCUUCGACGUCUCGGCCAACCGCGGCAUGUACGGCCCGGGCGGAAGCUACAACUUCUUCACGGGGCGGGACGCGACGCGCGCGUUCGUCACGGGCUGUUUCCAGGAGGACCUGACGCCGGAUCUGGACGGGGCGGAGGAGCUGUUCAUCCCCGUCGACGACGAGGAUGACGAGGAGGAGCGCAAGCUGAGCAGUCGCGACCGGAAGCUGCGCAGGGAGAGAGAGUUGCGUCUGGCCAAGGCCAAGGUCCGCGAGACGGUCGCACACUGGGUGAAUUUCUACCGCGAUCAUAAGAAGUAUUUCGAGGUGGGCAAAGUCAUUACCCCUGCCAAAAAUGACAAUGCGUCCGAGUCCGAGUCCAAGCCCAAGCCUACCAAGAGGCCGCUUUGUGAAGCGGCGCAGAGGAAUAGGCCCAAACGGAAGGAUCUAAAGAAGGAAGAGGCCGAAAGGAAAGGAAAGAAAAGUAACUAA